AUGACUCGUACCAGUAUAUCAAUACCGGGUGAUGAUGGUCCAGAUUUAAUUGGACGUUUUUGUACAACAGCUAAACUUGAUUUAUGUGACCCAAAUAAUUUCACGCGGCAGUCCUUAUUCAAAUGGUAUGAAUUUAAAUUUGGUGAAAAACAAGCCGGAGAACUUUUAGCUGUAUUUGAACUUGUUGAAGUUAAUCCGGAAACACGAGAAGCUGAAGCGGCAUUUGGACUUCAGGAAAUUCCAAUAACACCGGAUAAUUAUCCACCAAUAAGUUAUGUUACAAAAACUAUGAAAAAUAAAAUUUAUCAAAUUCCAUUAUUAUUGAUACCUGACUAUAAAACUUAUCAAAUCGAGAUUAUGUUUUGGGGUUUACGUGAAUGUCGUGCAAUUAAUCUUCAAUCUAUUCAAGAAGCUGAAGUCACAAUUGAAUGUUCUGGUGCACGUAUAACAAGACAAAUAAAAAAUGUACAAAAAUAUCCAAAUUUUGAAUCAUCAUCUAGUGAAUCAGACAAAUAUACGCUUCUUGUUAAUUUACCAAAUGAUAAUAAUUUUUGGCCACAUUUAAGUAUACUAUGUGUACAGCAUCGUCUUUUUGGAAUGAAAGAAGUCGUUGGCAAUCUAGUUGUAACUAAUUUACAAAAAUACCUUGAAAAACCUAUUGAGCCUUUAUCAUCAGGUGGUCAAGCUGUUGCAGAUGCUGUGAAUGAAUUAUCAAAAAGAAUUCCAUACAAUUUUAAUCGUGUUCGACGAUCGGUUAUUGAUGCAUAUGAAGCUACUCUAGCGGCACAGGAUGAGAGUUUAGGAAGAAAAAAAUUAGAUGAGUUUGAAAGCAGUGCAGGUCGUGAUAGAGCCUGUACUGAUAGUCAAGUAGCAAUUAUCAAUGAUGAUUCAUUGGAUAGAAAAAAAAGAGAAGGUAAUGAAUCUGGUGGAAAAUCAGAUAAAGAAAAAGACGGUUCAAGAGAACCUAAUUCGACAACUGAAUCACCUAGUAAUGGAAUAAAUGGUGAUGAACCUUUAACAACAUUAGAAAAAGUAAAAAGAAAUGAUAUGGAAAAAGCAGCUGGAUGGUGGCAUAAAUAUUAUGCAUCAAAAGCAAGACUAAAAUUGAUGCAACAAUCUGCCCCAGACAUGGAUGAAGGUUUAAUAGAUAGUUAUGAUGCCUAUGCAGAUUUUUUUAAAGAUGAAUCAUUACUUGUUGCCAAAAAGCGUUUUAAUUUGUGGAACAGAGCUAAAAAAAUAUUUCUACAUGUUGGAAAAGCUCAUAAAACAUUACGAAACUUUGCCACUGAACAAAUGGAGCAAUUAGGAGAUUCUGAAAAAUCAAAAUCAGCUGUUGAUGAAAGUUUAGAUCUUAUUGAAAUUGAUCGUCUUAAAGAAUUAACAUUAUUACAAACAUUUGAUAUAAUCGAAACAGAAUUAGAAAAUGUUCAUGAUUAUGAAGGUUUUAAUGAUUGUCUUGAUUCAUUUCCUUUAUAUAAAGGUAAAGGUUCAAGUCGAUCAGAUGAAAUCGGUGAUGAAAAACGUGUCCAUACGAAGUUUAAGGGUAAAUUUCGUAUUAAAGAACUUCCAACAAAAAGUUCUUCGCUUGGAAUUUCGAUGGACAGAGCAAAUAGAAUGUCUUUAGCAGCUAUUAAUCGAGAUCUUUCAAAUGCUGGAAUAAAAACACUCUUCCAACCAACAAUUGGUGCACCUUUACCAACAAAUCAAUUAAUGCUUCGAUUUGAUUUUAAUAAAAAUCCUAUAACACUAAAAUGUCGAUUGUAUAUAAUAAAAGCUCUAUUAUAUCGUGGUUGGGAUCAAUCAGGCAAAGCCGAUCCAUUUAUAAAAAUAGUAUUAAACAAUGACACUAUAAUUGAUGAUGUUGAGGGAAAACUUCAAAAUACAUUAGAACCCGUUUUUGGCAAAUCAUAUGAAUUUGAAGCUCAAUUACCUCUUCAAUCGUUACUACGUAUACAAUUAUGGGAUUGGGAUAUGGCAAGUUCCAAUGAUAUGAUUGCUGAAACAAAAAUUGAUAUUGAAAAUCGUUGGUUUUCAUGUCAUAGACCAACUUGUGCUUUACCAAAAAGAUAUGACAGUGCGGGUUAUAAUACUUGGCGUGAUACAAAAAAGCCAACAAUUAUUUUAACUGAAUUAUGUCGAACAAUAAAUAUUAAUGCACCUGUUUAUGCGGCAAAUCUUCGUUCAGUAGCAAUCGGUGAUGAAAGUUUUGAAUGUGAUCCUGCAUGUGUUGAAUUUAUAAGGUAUGCAAAAUCAUCCGUAGAUACUUUACAUCGAAAAGCUCAUCAUGAAUCACCCGAAGAAUAUAUAAGACAGAAUACAGCAUUAGCUGCUCUACAUGGAUGGGGAAGAAAAAUUAAUCCGCAAGGUGCUUUAGUCACUGAACAUAUUGAAUGUCGAUCACUUUUUAAUCCAGAAUUUCCUGAAACUGAACAAGGAAAAUUAGAAAUGUGGUUAGAUUUUUUUCCAAUGUCACGACCACCUUCAAGUGCUAUGAUUGAUAUAACACCACCUAAACCUACAGCUUAUCAAUUACGUCUAACUAUCUGGAAUACAUCUGAUGUAGAAUUGAAUGAUGAAAAUUUCCUUACCGGAGAGAAAACAUCAGAUAUUUAUGUUAAAGCAUGGAUUAUAGGAGAAACAGUUGAUGCACAACAAACAGAUAUUCAUUAUAGAUCAUUAACAGGCGAAGGAAAUUUUAAUUGGCGAUUCGUAUUCGAUUUUGACUAUUUAGAUAUAGAAGAAAAAGUUAUUUUUGAAGCAAAAGAUUCCGUAUUUCAAGUUGGUAAUACAAAAAAAAAGAUUCCACCAAGACUUAUUGUUCGUGUUUAUGAUGCAGAUUUUUUUUCAGCUGAUGAUUUUCUAGGUGAAUCUAUUAUUACUCUUACACAUGUACCACUUGGUGGUAAAUUAUCAAAAAAAUGUAAAGCUGAUAUUCUACUUAAUCCAAAACAUAAAGGAAUUAAUUUAUUUGUUCAUAAACGUAUUGCUGGUUGGUGGCCAAUGAUUGCUCCAUUGAAAGCGGGUGAAAUUCGUGAUAAAGCUUUAUUAGGAGGAAAAUUUGAAGCUGAAUUAUCACUCGUUACUGCUGAAGAAGCAGAAAAAAAUCCCGUUGGAAAAGCACGUGAAGCACCACAACCACUUGAAGAACCAAAUCGUCCAAAAACAUCAUUUCUUUGGUUUACAUCACCAUGGAAAACAUUACGUUUUGUUAUAUGGCGUAAUUUCAAAUGGGCAAUCAUUUUAGGAAUCGUUAUUUUUAUUUUAGUUAUAUUUCUUUUACUUGCUAUUUGGUCACUACCCGGUGAAAUAGUUAACCAAGUGGCAACUAAAAUUUUUAAAAAUUAA